AGCCGGCAAAAUUCUUCUACACCCCUGAGGUGACGUCCCAAACGCAACAACUAGUACGGAAAAUUCGAUUUCUAAAAGAAAAUAAAUACUAAAAAAUAUGUCUCUAACAUUCUGUGUCUGUGUAUCGCUUCAGCUUUAAUUGUUGCUUAGUGUUUUUACUACGUUAGCAUUAGUUAUCACUUAACAGUGUAAAAAGGAUUAAGUAUUACAAAAAAAAAGUUUAAAAAAAAUGGCGGAACGCUCACGUUUCGAAUUUUAAAUAGAUAAAGAUUUUUUUAGUUAUAAAAAAGGUCUUUUAUCGGGUAAUGCUUGUGAGGACUUUAAUCUAUAAGUACUUCGUGUCGGUUUGCUAGUGCAAGGACACGGGAAAAUCGAUAAUUCGUCCGCGAUGGCGAGCAGGCUCUAGUUUAUUUGAGUCCGGAGACCGGCUAGGGUGGUUUGAAGCUGAUAAAACUCGGCUGUUGUUCAUGUCAGCGCAGAAAGAAGAGGAUUAGACUCGCGUCAGUCGACGACAUGACUACGGAAACCGCCACGCCGAAUCAGGCGGAUGCCAGCACGGCGUUCCUACGCGCCGCGCGCGCCGGCCACAUCGACAAGAUCAUCAGCCUCUUGGAACAAGGGGUGGACAUCAACGUCAGCAAUGCUAACGGGCUCAACGCAAUCCACCUCGCUUCAAAAGAUGGCCACGUGGAAGUGGUCCGAGAGCUGUUGCAGCGUGGGGCAGCCAUCGACGCUGCCACCAAGAAGGGAAACACUGCUUUACACAUUGCUUCUCUCGCUGGGCAGGAGGCUGUGGUCAAACUGCUCGUGCAGAAUGGAGCACAAGUAAACAUUCAGUCCCAGAAUGGCUUCACUCCUCUGUACAUGGCAGCACAGGAGAACCACGAUGGAGUUGUCAAGUUUCUGCUGUCAAAUGGCGCCAAUCAAAGUUUGGCUACAGAGGAUGGCUUCACACCACUAGCAGUGGCAAUGCAGCAGGGCCACGAGAAGGUGGUCGCAGUACUUCUAGAAGCCGACACUCGUGGUAGAGUGCGUCUACCUGCUUUGCAUAUUGCUGCUAAGAAGGAUGACGUGAAGGCAGCUAAUUUAUUACUAGAGAAUGAGCACAACCCCGACGUGACAUCAAAGUCUGGGUUCACACCGCUGCACAUCGCAGCGCACUACGGCAACGAGUCGGUAGCUCGAUUGCUGCUGGCUAAAGGCGCUGACGUGAACUGCGCCGCCAAACACAACAUCUGCCCGCUGCACGUUGCUGCGAAAUGGGGUAAGGAGAACAUGGUAUCUCUUCUUUGCGAUAACGGCGCUAAUGUAGAAGCAAGGACCCGAGACGGGUUGACCCCACUGCACUGCGCGGCGCGAUCCGGCCACGAAAGAGUUGUGGAAUCGCUGCUAGACCGAGGAGCUCCUAUCACUAGUAAGAGUAAGAACGGUCUUGCCCCUCUUCACAUGGCAGCCCAGGGCGACCACUCAGAAGCUGCCCGGGUCCUGCUCUCGCGCAGGGCUCCAGUGGAUGACGUCACCGUCGACUACCUUACAGCCCUACACGUCGCUGCGCAUUGUGGGCAUGCUAAAGUUGCUAAACUUCUUUUGGAUAGAAAUGCAGACGCCAACGCACGCGCCCUAAACGGCUUCACGCCUCUGCAUAUCGCCUGUAAGAAGAACAGGAUUAAGGUUGUGGAACUACUCUUGAAAUAUGGAGCAAGUAUCCAAGCAACGACGGAGUCAGGGUUGACACCACUCCACGUAGCCUCGUUCAUGGGCUGUAUGAACAUCGUCAUCUACUUGCUGCAGCAUGAGGCCAACCCUGACGUCCCUACUGUCAGAGGGGAAACGCCUUUGCACUUAGCUGCUAGGGCUAAUCAGACGGACAUAAUCCGCAUCCUCCUUCGCAACGGGGCGGCAGUGGAAGCCAAAGCAAGAGAACGUCAGACUCCUUUACACAUUGCGUCACGACUCGGCAAUGUCGAUAUCGCUGUAUUGCUGCUGCAGCACGGUGCUGACGUGCGGGCGAUGACUGCUGAUCACUACAACGCGCUGCACAUUGCUGCUAAGCAGCACAAUCAUGAUGUUGCUGCAGCAUUGAUAGAACAUAACGCACCACUGACUGCGACUACCAAGAAAGGAUUCACUGCUUUACAUCUUGCUGCUAAAUAUGGCAACCUAAAGGUGGCUAACCUACUUCUCGCCCAUGGAGCAUCGCCAGAUCAAGCGGGGAAGAAUGGUAUGACUCCACUACACAUUGCCGCUCAGUAUGACCAGCAAGCUGUUGCGAACACACUGCUCGAAAAGGGGGCAGAUGCUAAGGCGGUGGCCAAAAAUGGGCAUACACCACUACAUAUAGCAUCAAGGAAGAACCAAAUGGAAACUGCCGCCACUCUGCUGGAGUAUGGAGCUCUCACGAAUGCGGAGUCUAAAGCUGGUUUCACACCUUUACAUUUGGCUGCACAACAGGGUCACACAGAAAUGUGCUCUUUACUGCUGGAACAUGGUGCAGAAGUGGACCAGCAGGCCAAGAAUGGUCUUGCAGCGUUGCAUUUAGCUGCUCAAGAAGAUAGAGUUCCUGUGGCGCAGUUGCUUGUGAAGAAUGGAGCUGAGGUGGACAUUUGCACCAAGGGGGGCUACACCCCACUUCACAUUGCCAGUCACUACGGCCAAGCUAACAUGGUCCGAUUCCUGUUAGAUAGUGGCGCAUCGGUAAAGGCACAAACCUCACAUGGUUACACUGCUCUUCACCACGCGGCUCAGCAAGGGCACAUCAAUAUUGUCAACAUACUUCUGGAACACAAGGCAGACGCUAACGCUACUACAGUCAAUGGCCAAACUCCAUUGGAUAUAGCCUCCAAACUGGGUUAUGUGACAGUCAUGGAGACCCUGAAGGAAGUCUCCGAACCCUCGAUGGCGCCGGCCUCUCAAGACAAGUACAAAGUGGUGGCUCCUGAAACUAUGCUGGAGACAUUUAUGUCAGAUUCGGAAGAAGAAGGCGGAGAAGACACCAUCCUCAAUGAUCAGCCAUACCGAUAUCUCACGGCAGACGACAUGAAGUCCCUUGGAGACGAUUCCCUUCCCAUUGAUGUCACCAAGGACGAGCGCACUGAGUCAGCUUUGAGCCAUAAGAAUAUUAUGGAAAUAUCGCAAACAUCAGUCAACGGUAUACCAUACCAACCUCAGCAAGAAGUCGUUGUGAAAAGUAUUAGUCGCUACAGCACUGCGCAAGCGCCUGAAGGUUACUGCUACAACGUAGAUCCCACACAACCCAAGAAAAAGCUUCAAUGGAAGAACUUCCUGGUGUCGUUUUUGGUGGACGCUCGCGGCGGUGCGCUACGCGGUUGCCGCGGUGGUGGCGUCAGAGUGAUCGUACCACCUUCAUCUGCUCAACAACCUACUAGAAUUACUUGCAGAUACUUGAAGCCAUCACGAAUCAACCAUAUGCCACCAUUGAUGGAAGGAGAGGCUCUCGCUGCCCGAGUCUUAGAGAUGGGUCCUGUAGCUGCCAAGUUCUUAGGGCCAGUAAUCCUAGAAGUACCACACUACGCGUCCCUACGCGGCAAAGAGCGUGAGAUAGUGAUACUCCGUUCAGACAAUGGAACAAGUUGGAGGGAGCAUAACGCUGAUGCAACGGACGAUGUCGUUCAAGAUAUACUGAAUGAGACUUUGGAGAUUGAAGAAACCAACGAGGAAGAGAAAGGCUGGGACGCGCCGCGAGUGACGCGCAUCCUCACGCACGACUUCCCACAGUACUUUGCCGUCAUAUCCCGCAUCCGCCAAGAGGUGCAUGCCAUAGGCCCUGAAGGUGGCAUGGUAUCCAGCUCAGUUGUCCCUCAAGUGCAAGCCGUGUUUCCUCAGGGAGCCCUUACCAAAAAGAUCAAAGUCGGCCUCCAGGCUCAAAUAAUAGACUCGGAGCUCACAGCUAAACUGUUAGGUCGGGGAGUCGCAGUUUCCCCAGUAGUUACAGUAGAACCUCGAAGAAGGAAGUUCCAUAAGGCGAUCACGCUUAGUAUGCCAGCUCCAAGACCUCACACACAAGGAAUGACAAACCAGUACAGCACUUCGUCAGCACCAACACUAAGACUUUUAUGUUCCAUAUCAGGAGGAACCAAUCGGGCUCAUUGGGAGGAUGUGACUGAGAACACACCGUUGACUUUCGUUAACGACUGUGUUUCUUUCACAACAACUGUGUCCGCCAGAUAUUGGCUCAUCGAUUGUCGUCAUGUUGAAGAUGCUACCAAAAUGGCAACUGAAUUAUACAGGGAAGCCAUUCAUGUACCAUUUAUGGCACGCUUCGUAGUCUAUGCAAAACGAACAGAUGAGUGUCAAGCUCAGUUACGGAUGUUCUGUGUAACUGACGAUAAAGAAGAUAAGGCUCUGGAGAGGAUCGAAAGGUUCAUACAAGUGGCCAAAAGUAGAGAUGUUGAGGUCCAUGAAGGCAAACCGGUCUACCUAGAAUUUGGUGGGAAUCUAGUACCAGUGGCAAAAUCUGGUGAACAGUUAUCGAUACCGUUCCGGGCAUUUAGGGAAAACCGAAUGGCUUUCCCAGUCAUGAUAAAGACGCAGGACUUGGAACCAAUUUGUCGAUGCCAAUUCAUGAGAGACCCCAAGGUUCCUAAGGGAGAACCUUCACCUACUCCGAUUGCUGUGCUGAAUAUAAUGGUACCAGAUGACUUGCCUGUAGAAAGAACAUCGCCAUUACCGGCUGAUUUGAUACCUCGAAGAACCGAAGAACAGGAGUUAGCUUGGAGACAACGAUUAAGUGAUCCUAGAUUGGAAGACAUUUGUAACCUAUUAGGCAAAGACUGGGUGGCUUUGGCGUAUGAGUUAGGUGUGAGUGUUGCGACUGUGAAUCAAAUUCAAGCAAAGCGUAUAACUGCAUCGGAACAGGCUCAGCUUAUGCUUAAACUUUGGAAGACUCAGUCUGGAACUAAGGCACAGGAUAACUCAUUAGAGCUCGCAUUGUGUCGCAUCGGAAGGGACGACAUAAUAGCGCCUCAAUCAGAAUUGUCCAAUGAGCGUCGCAUCCAGCGAAACAUUUACCAAGAAAGACAAGAAUCUGAAGAAAUUGAAGCAUACAAAGCAGAAGAAGACAAUAAACUCAAAGAAAAUAUUUAUGAUGAUGAUGAGAUCACAGAGCGUAUGCGCUCUGAAGAUCUAGAUCAAGACGAAGCUAAAUAUUCACCCGAAGAAAAGUCGAUUGUUGAUAAAAGCGACAUGGAUCGAACACCAACACCAAGUGAGGAAAGCGAAGAGGAUGAAGAUGUCAAACGUAGUGUCGCUGAAAGAAAGGUGCAGAUAACAAAGAAACUAAGCAGUAGUAAGAUUCCAUCGUCUAAGCAAAAGAAAGAACUAAGAGAGGAGAUAAUAGAAAUUAAGACUCAAAUCAAACCAGAUAUCAAGAAAUUCCAAGAUAUAGAGCAACAGAUCAAGGCGGAAUCCAAAUUAGAACAAAUGCGAUUUAAAACAUCACCAGAUUCCUUUGAUCCUAAGACUGAUAAAGUAGUUUCAAUACAAAAGGAGCCAAUUGUAGAAUUAAGUAAAGAAGAAAUAAAACAAGAACGAACUGUAGAACAGUUUAGAAAAUUUGACCCGUCUUCACCAGCUAAACCUACACCCAAGCAUUUACAACGACAUAUGCGCAAUGAAUCUAUGAGGUUCCCAUCUGGUGAUUUCUCAAACGUAACAAUUACACCGAGAAAAUCCAUUACAACUGAAACAAUCGAGACAAAACAAAGUAUUGAAACCAAAACAGAAACAUUUACCAAGGAAGAAAUUUCGCAAAAAGAGAUAGAUAGGGCUAGAGUUGAAGAAAAAUUAGACGAUGGUGAGAGAUCACCUGAAUUAGUUACAGACGAAGAAAGGGAUGUAGCUGAAACUACCUUGAAAGAUAAAAUAAAUGCAUUUGAAACAAAAAUAUCACGGGAUCCUCCUAUUGAUACAGCAAAAACUGUCAAACUUACAAAGGAAGCCCUAAAAAGGCAUACCCUAGAACAAGACCAUGGAUUAGAAUAUACACAAGCUUUUGUCAGAGAUCAAGCAAAGCAAUUAUCGAAUUUAGAAAGUCAAAAAAUAUUUAUUGAAACGGAGAAACAUACUGAAACUGUCAAAUCUGUAAGAGAAACAAUCCAACGAUUUGAUUCAAAAGUAAAACAAGAAGAUAAAUUAAAACAAUUUCCUAAAACUAUGAGGACUGAUUCAACUCUUGUACAGGUUUCAUCUGAAGAAGACAGCGAAUUCUUAAAGAAAUCAACGGACUCAGAGACUGAAACUGAGUCGCAAACUACUGUUAAAGUUGAAAAGGACAAAAAGUCAAAAUUCGAGUUCCACAAAGAUUCUUUCGAGAGGAAGGGUGAUUUAAGAGAUACCUCUGAUAUUAAAAAGAAAGAUAGUGAUAAAGACAAAAAGACUGAUGACGAUGAGAAAAGAGACGAUGAAGGAGUAAGUAUAAAAGAACAUAAGAUUAAGAUUGAUGAAUUACAAUUAAAAGCAAGUGAUGAAGAAAUUACAGAAGUAAAAGAAGAAAAUGUUUUAUUAGAAGAACAAAUGAAAGAAAAGGUUGAAACUCAACAGUCCAUAGCUAGCACAAAGUCAGAUUUAAGCAAACACACCAAAACAGAUUCUAUGGGUUCAGAUACACAAGAUAUUCCAGGGAGAAAAGUUUCUCAAGAAUCUCCGUUACCAUCUGGCAUUGACAAAACUGAUUCUUUAGCUGACUUACAACAAAGUACCGAAAGAGAUGUCAGUUUUGUUUCUCAAACGGAAUCCAAAAUUUAUUCCAAAGACUCCAAACAUAGAAGUGAUUCACUAGAUGAAGCUUCACAGUUUUCAGAUUUAGAAGAUCAAAUAGGUAUGAGUCCUGCUCAUAAGCCAUCGUUAGAAAAAACAGUAAAGGAAGCAAGGAUAAUUGAAGCAGAUGAACAAAUAAGUAUCAUAGAGACGAGCAGAAAUCAAACACUUGAAUUUUUGAAAUAUGAGACUGAACAUAGUGCUCAAAUUCAUUCAUCUGCACUGACACCAAAAGAUAGUGAAAAGGUACCUAGCAAAGAGUCACCAGUUAUAAGUGCUAAAGCUCGUCAAUUUAUAGAAACCGUUCCCGAGGAUGACUCUGUCCAGGAAUGUUUCUUUUCUAAACGUAUUUACUCUGAUUCUUUGGAAGAUUCCGAUCAUACAGACUCUAGACGUCAUUCUGAAGCGGACUCAUUAAAAUCAGAUCAAUCUGAUAUUAAAGCAAAAAUAUCUUCUUCUGAUUUCGAUGAAAGGGCAGAGUACGAAGGAACAGCUGACUCUGGUAGUGGAUUUGGUGACGAAAAGUUUGAAGAAAGUAUUGGUUUCACUUCAAUAAAGAUUGAUCCUAAAGCUUUAGAGUCUCAAAAGCAAGAUUCUGACUCAACUUCAACACAACUCGAUGAACUGGAAGAACCAGAUGUUGUAUUUAAGAAAAUGGUACCCAAACGUCAUACUCGCACAGAAUCUGUAUCAAUAUCGAAACUAAGUGAUUUACAAGAUACGGUUACACAAGAACCACCUGUGGCAAAACAAGAAUUCCAAAUGGUUAUAACUGAAGCAGAGGAUGUUGACAAAUCUUCUGAUAAAGAUGAACCUUCAGAUAAAAUUUCAUCUGAAAGCAGCAGAGAAAUUGAAAUGUCUGAAAGAAAAUCGUCAGAUGGGAUUUCAGACAGAAUAAGCUCGGAAGAUGCAGUCACUGAUAAAAAAACUUCUUCUGAAGAAGAACCAAUAAAAGAUAAUUUAAUAUCCAAUCAAGAAAAACCUAAGGAAAUUACAAAAAUUAUUACUAACACCAUCAAAGAUAUAGAAAAGGUUGAUACAACUACACUAAAAGGAGAAUCUGGGGCUAAAGUUGAAGAAACUAAGCGGCAGUCCGUUACUUCCGUGGGAUCAGGUUCAGUAAGUGAGUUACGACUAGAAGAAAAACGACUAUCCGAUGCACAUAGCAUUACUGAAUCGAGAGAUUACACGUUUGAAGAAUCCGAAGACGAUAUAGGAACACAGGAAACACAUAAAGAUGCUAAAGAAAAAGUUGAAAUGAAGCAAGAAGUGGAAUAUAAAAUCAAAUCAUCUGAAAAGCCAACUGAACUGCUAAAACUGGCAAAACUGACUCACGGAGAUUCACUAGAUGACGUAGAAGGUUUCCCUGAAGAUCAUGUUGCUGAAUACGUUCACAGACUACCACAUAUACAAGAAACUAGUUCUGGACCAGACAAGCAUAUAACUAGCCAGUUUCUAAUUAAAGAACGUGAAGAGCAGGUAAGGUGUGAAACUGACCUAAGGGAAAUAAAAAUACUCUCUGAAAAACUAGACCCCGAUAAAAUUAUCAAAGCUGAAGAGGAAGCACAAAAAAGUAAACUAACUGAACAAGAAAGUGACGAUAUUUCAAGUUCUAUUAAAUCUAAAGAAAUAUCUUCUUUAUCUGAGCCUUUAGAAUCAAUUACAGUAACAACACAUGGCGAAGAAAAAAUACAAAAACCUGAACAAAUACGUAUAUCAGACGAUAAAAAAAUAGCUACAGAACAUAGAAAAGGCCCUGCGGGCGAAGAAAUAACGAUAACAACCGUCACUGAAAUUUUAGUAGGACCUUCUGGAGAAGAAUUAGAAAAAAUUACCGAAACUGAAUCUACUAAAUAUCCAUCAGGUAAAGAAGCAGUCUCCGUAAAAGUAUCAGAAAAUAUUAGGACUCAUACGCCAGAAAGUGUUCUAGCAAAACCUAAAAGUAUUGUUGACCAAAUGCCUUCCUUAAAUGGUGAAAUUCAAAAAGAAAAGAUUUCUUCAGAUAUAUAUACCUCCGAUGAAAAAUCGGCUGGAAAACAAUUUCCUCCACUAACAGAUUCUAUAAAAAUCAAAAGCGAUCACAUAGAAAUGUCUGAAAAAUCUAUUGAAGUAACAUUACCAAAAUCAUUGCAAUCCUAUGAAACACCAGCAUAUCAAUCCUUUCCAAAACCAGAAGAGAUAGUAACAUCGGAGGAUAAGUUACCUUUAGAAAGAGAAGCCGUACCCACAAAAGUAUCAGAAAGUAUUACGUCCCAUACGCUAGAAACAACUGCUAGUGCUACGGAGCCAAGUAAAACAAUCGCUGAAACAAUAUCAGCUACAAAAGCUGUUGAUGAAUCAACAAAAAGAGUUGAUGACAAGGUGACUUUAACAGAAAAACUAGACACAAAGAUAUUGACUGAAAAAAAGACCGAAGACAUUAUAUCUUCUACGACGACCCUAGCAGGUGAACCUAUUCCUGAAACAGAAACUAAGUCUUUUGUCAUUAAAACUCACAGAAAGGAAAUAAUUUCAGAACCAGAAACAACCCAAGAUAAAAAAAUAUCUGUAUCUACUGAUAAAAAAAUAGGAGAUUCGGGAGAAGAAAUAACUGUUGAAACUGUUACUGAACAUUUAAGAGGUUCCUCUGGCGAAGAAAUCGUUAGAACUACCGUAACUGAAACUGUUAAAUAUCCAUCAGGAAAAGAAUCUGUUUCUACAAAAGUGUCUGAAAGUGUGUCACAGAAAAAAGAAAUCAUAGGUUCUAUAUUAGGAAAAUCCGAUAAAUUUGGACAUCUAGACAUAGAUGGUGAUAAAAUAUUAGGUGAAACUCUCAAUACUUCUAUGGAGGAAAAACUCCAAGAAGAAAAAGGUCAGAUAUCUGACGAAGAUGAAAAAGUUUCUUCAACAACUGAGACAGUGAUUGGAUCGACAGGUGAAGAAAUAACUACGGUGACAGUAACUGUUACAAAGAUACUCCCAACUGGAGAAGAAGCUAUUAAAACUACUAUAACUGAAACAACUAAAUAUCCGUCAGGACGACAAACAGUUUCAACCAGAGUAUUAGAAAGUAUUCGAUCACAUAAAGAAAUGGCGUUCACCACUUCUGCAUCUGAAACAUUACAGUCUGAUAUAAAAGAUAAUAUACAAAGUAUGUUAUCCAAAUCAGAAGACUUAAUUGGCGAAAAAGACAUCUCAAUUGAUACGAAAGAAGAUAGUAAGAUAGGCCCAUCAGGUGAAACAAUAAAAACAACAAUUGUUACUGAGAGAACUAAAAUACCCACAGGAGAAAAAAUAAAAACAACUACUACUGAAGUGACAAAGUUUCCCUCUGGGGAAGAAUCCAUAUCUACAAGAGUAGCGGAAUCUAUAAAAACAUUUGAACAAGAGAGCCAAAUAAUUGCUGUCAAAAAAUCAAAAGAAUUAACUGAACACAAAACAGCAUUUCAAACUGCGCCCAUACCAGAAAAACCUGAAAUUUUGAAAAAAACUAUUAUUACAGAAAUUGAAGAUCAUUCACCAAAUAAGUUAGCAAGUGAAAGUUUAACUCAGACAGAGACUUUACCUAAAGAUCUUAAUUUAACGGACAGCCAAAAAACAGCUAAAGAACAAGUCAAACCAGUGAUAGAUGAUAUAUUACAAAAAGGAACUAUGGUUGCUGCAGCUCGUAGUCCUGUUCCAGAGAAAGACUCCAAAAUGAUAAGCAAGGAAAUACUUGAAACAGAAAAAAGGUCUUAUGAUGCGAAAGUACCUCAAAAAGAAGAGCGCAGACACUCGUGUAUAAGUCCUGCAAUAUCGCUUGAAAGAAUCGCAGAAUCUGAAGUUGAAAUGGAAGAUGAAGCAGAAAAGACUGAAGUUAUCGUAAGUAAAACCACAAAAGAUGAGGACAUGAAGACUGAAUUGAAAAAAUCUGACUCCACUAUGAAGCAAAUGGCCGAUAAUAUUGAAAUAAUUAUCAAACAAGCAUCGGAGGACUUAGAUAUAUCCUCUGAAGAACCUGCAUUAGAGGAAAAGGUAAUGGAAGAAAAGGUAACAGAAUUACAAGGUGAGGUUUCAGUGGAUUCUAUCAUAGAGGAAGCUGUUCAAACUGUUGAAGGUUACUUGGAUGAAACUGCAAAUAAAGUGCCUGAAGAGGUAGAUGUUAAAAAGGAGGUUAUGUUUGAAGACUCAAAGCUACCCAAAGAAAGACCAGGUUUAAUCAAGUCACUUUCUAGAGAUAGUGGGGAGAUAGUUAUUAUGCCGAAGAAAAAGCAAUCCAGAACUUUUUCAGUUCAGAGUUCACCAGACGAAGUAGAAGAACAAAUUUACACAGAUUCAGAGUCAGAUAUGGAUAAAGCAAAAGUUUUAGAAAUCAUUGAACCAACAUCAGAUAUCGAUGGAAAACUUCCCGCUUCUAGUUUCGAUAUAAAGAAAAUUCGUACCGAUUCACUCGAUGACGCUGAUGAUUUUCCUGAAAAAGAGGCUGAAUAUUUUGAAGACGGUGCAAAAUAUGAUGAUCCGGAAGCUUUUAGCGCAACUGCAUUUAAGGACAAAGGUCAACAAGAUGCACCAUGCUCCAGCACACAGCAAGAUCUUGAUGAUGAUAAAUUUACAGAUAAGUUUGUAAAGAAAACUCACUUUGUUGAUAGUAUUCUACGGUCCGAUUUAGUUUCAAAAUCUACAACAGAGUCAUCAGUUACGACCGUUAUCUCAACAUUAACAAAAUCUUCAGACGAGGACCAAAAAUCUGUAUUAGAAGAUGCAACUUCUGCUGAUUUAUCCAAAAUCAGUGGAGCUGAUUUAAUGAAAGAUCCUUCUAAAACGUCCAUAGACACAAAGGAUGAAUCAAGAAUUGAAGAUCAAUCGGAAGAUCGGGGCACUCCAGAUUUAUCUAAGAAAUCUCUCGAUUUAACCAAGGACUACUCAAAGUCAUCAAUAGAUAGUAAGGAUACGUCACGAGACUUUGCUACGAAUGAGCUAUCCAAAGAUUCUACUGUUGAUCUUACUAAGGACUAUUCAAAAGCUUCAAUAGACAGUGUUAAGGAAUCUUCGAGAUCAAUCGAUGAAAAAACAUUUUCUGAGGAACAAUCAUCAUUUGAUUUUUCUAAGACUCUAGCAUCAGAUGCAUCAGAUGCUAUCAGUAAAUGUAAAGAAUUUAUUGAAGAAGAAAGAUCUACGUCUAAAAUCAUCCACAUUUCAACUAGUUCUUCACAAGAAACAUCAGUCAUGACAGAAAGUAAAUUAUUUAGUGAACAAGAUGAAAAAUCGCUUGAAACAACAAAAACAUCUGAUAAGACGGAACUGGAAAAAGAUUUACUCGAAGACAUAUUGAAAGCUAAAGAUAGGAUAAAAGAUGAGGAUGAGAAAGCUACAAAAGCGACAGAUGCAACAUCAGAAACAGAAGUUAAAAAAAAGUUGACUUUUGAAGACAAAAAGGAAGAUGAAGAUUCAGAAGUGCCGGACAUGUCUGAACUUAACAGGAGAUGCUCAAAUUUGCUUGAAGAUAUCUCGGCUCAAGGUGCUCUCAUAAGGAUUGAUUCAAGUCACGUUGUUCACGAUCUUUCCUCAAAAUUCUCAAAGACGCCGCCUCCAUCCCCUGUAGAUUUAAUAAUGAAAGAGAGGAUGAAAACAGAUGAGAGCGCUAGUGAUAAACAUAUUGGGCUACAACCUAAGAGUUCAGAACCGUCAUUUUUGGAUGCAAAUCGACAAUCUCCUAGAGUUUCUUCAGGUGGGGACAGCUUAACAAGUGAAACUGAAGCUCAUCAAAGUGAAAUAUUAACAGAAGAUUUUAAGGCACUGGCUUCGAUUGAUAGAUCCAAAUCGCCAACAAAACAUUUAUCUGGUGAUAUGUCAUUUGUUAAUGUCGAUAAACCUACAAUAACAAGCGGGGCUAUAGAACUGGUGGACCGGACAAUCGAAAAAAGUAUUGAUGUGAUCGACCAAAUUAAAAAAGAAAUUGAAGAAGAAAUGCACAAAUCAACUUCAUCAGAUACAUUUUACUCAGAAUCUAGAAUUGAAACUUCUACAUCAUCCUCCUCAAUCCAUAAAACUGUUGAAGGAACUCAGCUAAAGUUUCAGAGUAUUGAUCCAGAAGCAGUUAUGUUGGAUAUGAUUUCGAAAUUUGGAGCUACCGGUGAAUAUAGCACGGUACUUUCACACAAAGAAACAGAAACUCGGAAGAUUUCGGGUCAAGAAUAUUUUUCAGAAACAAAGCAAGUUUCAUCAUCAGAUGAUGAUUCACUUAUAAUUAAGACAGAAACUAGUCAUGAGCUGAGAGGUCAAGAGCAUGAAGUAAAAGAAAAAAUGACAGUCAAAAAAGAAGGGGACCAGACAGAAACUUCACAAAAGAAAAUGGAAAAAGCUCACGAAGCAACGGCUAAAAGAUCUGAUAUAGAAACUAAAACUGUUUUCAAGAGUACUGAUGAUACAGAUAUAGUUAAAGUAGAAAGAGAAUUUUCAGAACAAGGUCUUUAUACAGGAAGACAAACAAAAUCAGAAGAGAAAAUGACUGCUUUAAAAGACGACACAGUUAAGAAAAAACAUGAAGUUAAAAUCUCGGAAAGAGACCUUUCCCACGAGCAAUGGGGAAAAGAAUAUUUCACGCAGCCAGGAGAGUUAGAAGACAUUAAGGAGGAUGAGGACUCAAAAUCUAGAAUUGCAUUUGUAGAUUCAAGUUUAAAGAUAGUCGAGAAAGAUGAAAUUGUAUCCAGUGUUCAAUUUUCUGAAAAAGGACAAGUUAUAAGUUCAAAAGUAGAACACCAUAAGGAAGAAUCUGUUAUCGAAAGUAAAGAGCACGAUGAUCUUAGUUCAGAUGCUUCUCAUAUUCCAAGUUUUAAAAGUGAGGCACCAGAAAGAAGAGGUUCAUCUGAAACGAGUCCUAAAAGUAAAUCUAAAUCAUUUAAAAAGGACGAUGAAGUAUAUGAGGUAGACUUUAUAAAAGAAAUAAAGGUAUCAACUUCACCCGUGAAAAGUACAUUUAGUCGUACGGGUAGUCAAGAUACACAUUCAGAGUCUGAAGUUGUACCAGAAUUGCCUCAUGAUGACAAAUUAAGUGAAACACCAAAGAAGGAAACUUCUACAAAAUCUGUAGUGAGAUUACCACACAGUGAUGAUUUGACGUUAGAAGUGUCAGUCGCUGGAGAGAUAUCUAGCGUUGAUAAAAGUUUAGCAUUCACAACCAUACCUGAUUCAGCGCCUAUUUUAUCGUCAAUCCAAGUAUCAAAAAGCAUUGAAGGUGAUAUAAUUGAAACGAAGAGUGGAACUAUUGAAACUAGCACGAAAUCUACAAAAAUUGAUAUGUCCCCAAGUACUUUAGAAAUAUCAGAUGAUAUUAGUACGACCUCUAAAGAUGUAAUGAUAAAAUCUGGGGAAAGUAUUGACACUGAAUGUAUGGUAAAAUCAUUGGAAUUCCAUGAGAGUGAAGUAUUACAGAAGUCAAUGGAUUCAACAGUCAGUGCUGAAACUUUACAUGCAUCUGAAUUUUCGACUGAAGCUGAUUCAGCUUUUUUAACGGGCACAGACUAUAAAAAAGAAGAAAUUAAAUUAAUGAAAGAAAAAAGUACUGAAGAUAUUUGUAGUAGUGGUUAUGAUACCGAUUUUUCCUCUGCCGAGUUUCACGGAAUGAAACUUGAGACUGAUAGGGUAGCUUUAGACUCUUUGAUAUCAACUCAACCUCUGGCUGACUUAUCAGUUUUAGAAAAAACUAUUGAUGAAGUUAAGCAAUCUUUGGAGGCAGCACAAGUUGAAAUAAUAAGUGAAAAAAGUGACGGAAGUAUUAAAUAUAAGCAAUCUCCAUCUGAAUUUCAAUUCAAAAUUCUAAUCAGUCCUGAAAGACCUGAAGUGAUUAAAGAAGAACCUCAUCAUGCGGACAUUCAAAUGGAUAAGACGGUCAUUCAUGACGAUAAAACUGUAGUUAUUGUUGAGAAAGAUGAAAAAUUACUGGAUAGUCAAAAGUCUGAUAGUGUGUCUCACAAAGUUAGCUCCCAGGAAGAAACCACAUUCUCAGAUGAAGAUAAGGACACAAUCCAUCUGAAAGAACCUAGUCCACCACUAGAAGGAGAUAUAUCUAUCAGGUCAGAUAGUGGGCCCCACUCAAUAUUAGACACGGAGAGUGAAGGCUUAUCUGACAGAAAUGAUUCAUCAAAAGGGAGCCCAGAAGUUAAACUUAGAGCACCAAAACAUAUUAAAUCACAAUUAGGAGUUAUAGAAAGGCGAUCUGCGUCUGAAAUCGAAAGUUGGUCUAGUUCUGGUGAAAGCCACUAUCAUAGUUUUGAACAUUCUGAAAGUAGACCUUUAUCUUCUGAUGUCGAAGUGAUGAUGACAGCCCAAAGUGGCACUGACUAUGAAACAGCUCUCACUAGUCAUGAUAUAUCUUCUCAAUCAAUGAGAACGUCCAAAGAUUAUUUUACUGCUGGUAGUUCAUUAGCUUCAAGAGAUAGUAUGAAAAGCCUUGAUUCAGAUGGAUCUAGUCAUGUAGCUAGCAUAGAUAUAUCAGAUGCAUCUGAAACACUUGUACCAUCUGCUAAUGAAUUAAAAGAAGAAUUGAUGGAAAGUAGCACUUAUGUUGAACAAUUUCUUCAUGAACCAGAAAAAAAGAUAUCUAAAGUAAAAGAAAUUAGUGACGAAGAAAUUUCUGGUGAAGACGAAGAAUUGAAAAUAGAUAAUACUGAACCAUUAGGUAAGAUGAAAAGAUCACAUGAAAUGCGAUUUCAACCUAAAGAUAUGUUACCAGAGCAUUUUCCACUUGCUGGAACUUCGGAAAGUAUCGAGUUUGAUGACGAUUCAUUAAAAGAGAAGGAAGGAUCUGACACAACCAUUUCUAGUCAACUUAAAACUGAUGAGAUUUUAUCAUCAUCUAUUUCAAAACUAGACAUGUCUUCAUCCCAAUCUCAGAUAGAUUUAGACAAAGAAGAAGUACAAGAAACCAUCAGUAAAUCAUCGGCACCUAGUGACCAUGCGGUACCAUUUUCCGUCACUAAAGUGGAAAAAUCACAAAGAGAAUUUGUAGAUGUAGAUAGUGACAUCAUUCCUAUAGGCUCGGCAGAGUAUGAAGAAAUAGAGAAAUUUGGCAGUGUAACCACUAAAUCGAAACCCUCUACAGAUGAAAAACCCAUAAUCAAAACAGUCAUGCAAAUGGAUGAAAGUAUUCCGAAAUCUGUUACCACUCAACCAGCUCAACCGGAAGAUGUUAAGGAGGAAUUUGUGAAAAAAGUAAUUAAGGAAAUAAGUGCUAUGCCUUUUCCUAUUGCGGAAAAACCAUCGAGUCAGCGGGAAUUAGUCGAUAUUGAAGAUGAUAUAAUCCCAGUAGGCUCAAAACAAUAUGAAGAAAUAUUAAAAUCAAAGAGUGAUUCAUCUGUACCAAAGACAAAAGCUGAAAAAUCAGGUGCUAAAACCCCUGAAAGUCAACUAGAAAGUAAACAAAGUUCUACUUCAAGUCUUAAAACCCACGAGCAUCUCUCCACGCCCCACACGCCGUUAUCAGCGCCGAGUCAAAGCUCUUUAUCUACGGAAAAUGGGAGAGAAUAUGUUCUUGAUGAUAUGUAUGAUAUCUCUGAAACGCCAGAACUAAAAUCUGACAUAAUAACUGAAAGUAGCAGAUCAGAGCUUAUUAUAACUACGGAAGAAAAAACUUUGCGUACAUACGAAAAAGAACAAGACUCACCAACUAGUGAUGAAUUCGAGAUGGUUGACAAGCCUAGUGAAAUGGACGAUUUCGUUGUUAUCGAAGAGGUUGCUAAAGAAGCUCAAGAAACAGAUCCCGAAGGUAAAAGUGUACAAAUAAAAGCUCAAAAAUAUGUAAAACGACAUGACACCGAGAUAGAAGAAUAUUUAUCUAAAACAACUAAAAAGCAAGAGAGCUCUAGCAGUGCAUCUGGCUCAUUAUCUGAUGAAGAACUUCUUCAAUAUGAACUGGAACAAAAAAAAUUGCAAGCUCAAGAAUUAGCUGAAAUCGAAGCAGGUAAGCGAUGGAUUCAGAUGCAAUUUGAAGGAGACCCUAGGUAUGAUUAUGAAAGAAUUCCGUUGGAAGAUAUUAAAGAAGAAGAAAUGACUGAUUUUGAUGCGAGUCGAAUAGGAAGUUUAAGCUCACAAAAGGAGUCUAUUGGAAGUUGCAGCAGUUUUAGAAAUUCUUAUGGAAGCCUCUCUGAAUCAGAAAUGGCCUCGCGAAUGAGAUUUAGGUUAAAAGGAGAAAAUGAUGACAUUUCGAUUAGCUCGUUACAGGAAUUUGAAAAUCUGGAAAGGGCCUUAAUGGAACAAUAUCAACAACAUUCUUCAUCUUCUCAGGACUCUCUAAAUGGAUCAUUGCCUCGUAGAUAUAUUCUUAGUAAAAGUCAAGGUGAUGACAUAUCAAUUUCAAGUUUAAAAGAGUUUGAAGGACUUGAGUCAGCCUGCUUAGAAGCCUUAAAAGCGGAAUUACUGGCAAAGCAAAAAGAAGCUUUGUUAGUAGCUGAUCCUAAAGUAGUUAGUGGAAGUUUUCUAGAACAAGAAAAACGUGCAUAUGACGAUGGCAGUGAUAAUAGUCCGCCAUUUAAGAGUGGUAGUCCAGGACAAAAAGGUGGAAGUCCCUCUCAAAAGAGUGGUAGCCCUUCGCAGAAAGGUGGGAGUCCAUCCCAAAAAGUUGGGAGCUAUGGUAGUCCUUCACAAAAACUUUUGGCGGACUCAGCAGCUAUUAGAAAACUUAUCGAUCAACAAUUAGCAUUAGAGCAAAGAAUGCAGGAAGCUAGACCAAAAAUUAUCACUGUUAAGAAAUUUGAUGAUAGAGGUGCAUUUUUUGUUCCUGAACCUGAAGCGGGAAAAUUAGAAACAAAACCUACUGAAGUAUCAGAAGAGUGUAAAAAAGCUUCGUCUUUCGUUUGCGCUGCUGCUCCCAGCGAUGGAUCAGCAGAAUCUAUACCAGGAGAUUGUGAGGAGAUGAUGAAAAUUUUAGAUCAAGAAGAAAAAUCAAAGAAGCAAGAAGAAGAAAAAUCUAUAACUCAUACAGAGGGAGGUGUAAUACAAAUUGUGCGGACGCAAACUGUUAUCCAGCAAAAGUUCAUCGAUGGUAAAAAGGUUUCCGAAACAAUAACCAGCACGGAUAGUGAAGGAGGUGUAGAUAUACCAACAAGGCCUAAGCAAUACGAUGACGGCUGUAUGUCCGUAGGUUCUGAAAUGUCAUCGUCCUUAGCCUCGCAACCUUCAGAAAUGGAUAGUUUAAUGACUAUAAUAGAAAGACAUCCAUCUGAUAGUGAAGUGGUUACCUUUUCGAAGCACACAAUAAUUACGUCAUCGGAAAGAUUUGAAGACAAGCCCGAAGAUUUAGAGUUUUCGAGAGAGGGCAGCGCAGUUCGUGAACUAUCGCCCUCCUCUGGGAGGUCGGUAGCUCACAGCAUUAUUUCCGGCAAAUAUUUCACAGAUCCAGCCAGCGGUUCUUGGAGCGGCCAAGAUGAAGAACUGAGUUCAUCGGGAAGUUUCAGCAGAGCUCGCGCCGACCUAAUGUUAGGUAGUACAGACAGUCUGGAAGCCACUAGUUCAAAUGCUACAAGAGCAACAUACAAUUACGAAGUAGACACGCCUAUGACUGGAAGUCUUACUUCUGGAGCGCGCCCUCCAGGCUCUAACACCAUGGUUUCCUCGCUCGAUACCCUGGACGCAGUGACAGCGGUGCAGAUGGAAGGUCUAGAACAUCAAUCCACCAUAAGUGAGCACCAUUCGCAGGAAUAUGAAGUUCAUGAACCAGAUUCUGAUACGGAAAGACUGGAACUAGAUAGUGCUCCACGUGCAAAAGAACGCACGAUAAUGUUCGACAGUACUGAUACGCUGAGUGCCGUCAGUGGAGAUGGAUCUGUAAAAGAAGCUACCGUAGAGGCCCCAGCAGCCACCUUCUACAUCGGAGAUACACCAAUAGUUAGAGGAGACAGACAAGAAGAAGAAGAAGAGAGUCAACCAACACUAUCAGGCAGUUGUCCAGCGUCGCUCCCCCCAGCAGCACAGUCCUCCCCACCCAUUCCAGCCCAGAGGAGCUGCUAUUGUUUAAGUCACUCGUGAGACAAUCUCGGCAAGUUAUAGGUCUCUUUCAAUGAUUCCGAAACCUGUGCAGUCAAGUUUUAAUGGUACAAAGAAGUAAACUCCAGGAAAACAUUUAGAAAAAUGUUCGUUUUCAUUAUACUAUUCUGUUUAUUCACGGUUAUUCCAACGUCAGCUUCGGCUUAGCGACUGCACUGUUUACUAACUCUGGUUGUGGAAACAUUCCUAUGUACAAAACAAUGACUUUCUAAAAACAAAAGAAAUGAAAUUUCUAUCAAUUUUUUUGAUAACCCUGUUGACUAGUUUAGUGUUUAGCUUGUGUACUUACUUUGAAAUUUUACAUCACACCAACGUUGAUAGAAUUCGCGUUGAAACACUUCAGCGUUAAACUAAAAUGGAUCUUAAUAGAUUUAUUUUACAGCUCAAAUUCGUACAUACAUCUUUAGCCAGCGCUCCAAAAUGGAAAGAUUGGGAAAUAAAAAUCGGUGGAAACUGAACUUUUUACUUUAAAAAAAAAUAUCUUUAGAUGCGUUUCGAUCUCAAAUUUUAUUAACGUUGGGUGAGAUGUAAGAUCUUAUAACUAAACAAACUGUUAGCAAAAAUGUUAUCAACUGCAUUUCGUCUUAAAAUUUGGGCUAAACUUGCGCAGAAGGAAUAAUGUCCACGGAGAACAAAGUCCCUCAUGUAUUACUGGCAUUUCGCCUUGUUAUUCCAUCAAUCCUUGGCGACUCAUUUUUGUCCCCUGCGGAUAAAAGUUCUUCAACUGCGCAGGCGCAGGCCGUGCGUUCUAGUUUCCUAUAGGUAACUUUGCCGUCACUUAUCUCUAUAAGCUUGUUGUUGUAAAAAAAAAUUUCAAUAGUCCAAAACGGGGUAUGGGCCUCGAGGCUGAGCCUUAUCCGGGCGUAUUACCACAGAUAGCUAUAGCUGCCUGGGCUAUUUCUUUCAGCCCUUUGUACACCUUCAAAUGACGCCAUUGAAACUUUGUUCAGAGACAUAAAUUACCAUGGAUUCGCAAAGAGCGUUCAUGGCACCACACUGUGGCUAAUUUUGCUGCAAACUAAACUAAAUUUACAGCUCCAAAUCUAACGCUAUCCUUUUCCUCAUCAAGCAUUAUGAAAGGAAUAGCAAUAUAUUUCAAUGUCUUUUUAGUUUAGUUAAAAGGUAGUGUACAAGAGAAUAAGUCACACAGUCGGUUUCAAAAAACGCUCUCCUAGCAGUACGGCAAUGGUAUCCUUAAAAACAAGACUAUUUCUCUACUAAGAAAGAAAAGAAAAGUUACUCUCAUCUUUUUAUCAAAUUAUAUCUUUGGACGUAACUGAACUUUAAACAUGAUAUAGACAGACAUAAAAACAGACAAUACUCCAUUUUCAACUUAAUCAGUCAAAUAUAAUGUGAGGUGUAAUUCUUAAUCCAUUAAUUGGAUAUAUCGUUAGGCAUACGAAAUAUAAGUAUUGUGCAGAAUUUUGGAUGUAUUUUGGUACUAAAUUUUGUACUGUGCCGUCGGGUAUCCGACAUCGGUCCAUGUUAUCUACUUGACCUAUUUAAGGCUUUUCACCAGAAAUGCGCUAGGUUGCUAAGUAACGGAGUAUGUCAAACCCACGAAUGGAUCACAUGAUUUUCAUAGCAUAGCUUAAAGCUUAGCUCUGGUGGAAAGAAGUUCAACGAAGCUUAGUUUUUACAUAUAAUGUGUAAAAAAUGAUUUCCCACGCGUCAUUUUAACUUUAUGUGUCACUAUAUCAUGUCAAAGUACGAUUUUAGUCCU